AUGGCCAUCGCCACGAAGCGCAAGGCCCAGGAUACCGGUCCACUUCCAGUCCCCAAAAAGACCACAAAGGUCCAAAAGACCUACCGCGCCAACACCACAGCCAAGCGGGCCACCACACCAACCACCAAGUCCAGCACCAGCACAACCACAACCGCAAAAGACAUGCAGCCCCAGCUAGACCGCAUAGCAGCAAGCGCCCAGACCCCCUUCCAGAAGCGCGUCCUGUCGCUGCUCUGCCAGGUGCCCCGCGGCCACGUGACGACGUACGCGCUCAUGGCGCGGCACCUGGGCUCGUCGCCGCGCGCCGUCGGCAACGCGAUGCGCCGCAACCCGUUCGCGCCCGAGGUGCCGUGCCACCGGUGCGUCGCAACGGGCGGCGGGCUGGGCGGGUUCAAGGGCCAGUGGCCGCGGGACGGGGAGGGCAUCACGCUUGACGAGAAGAAGGGGCUGCUGCGCGGGGAGGGCGUGCGGAUGGAUGAUGGGGGCAGGGUGCUGGGGACGCCUUUUGGGGGCUUUGUGUGA